AUGGCUACCAAGAUCGCAAGCUUACUUGGUUUUUCCAGCGUCGCCUGGCUUAGUCUGGCGAAUGUGAUCGUCGCCCGCGACACCAUCUCUCGUGAUGUAAUCAUCCUUGGUGGUGGCAGCUCGGGAACGUAUGCGGCGAUUCGUCUUAGGGAUCAAGGUAAGACCGUCGCUGUCGUUGAACGUAACGAUUAUCUGGGUGGUCACGGCGAAACCUACUAUACUGAAAAUAACACGCCACUCAACUUCGGUGUGGAAGGAUUCUUCAACACGUCUGUGACUCGGAACUAUCUGGAGCGGCUUCAGGUACCCUACGGGCGUCGCAACCCUGCUCCCGCGCGCGAGGACUACGUGGACCUCAAAACAGGGCAAAGAACGGAAUACCCUCCAGGCCAGCUCCAGGACAGGGAAGCAUUUGCGAAAUGGGUCGAUGCCAUCUCUCAGUUUGGGUUCUUGGAUGACGGCGUCUACAGAAUCCCAGAACCGGUACCAGAGGACCUCGUCAGUCCUUUCGCGGACUUCGUUAAAAAGUACCAUCUCGAGGAUGCCGUGUACGCUCUCUUCUCUCACACUUCUGGCGACGUGCUCGAAAUGAUCACCCUCUACGUCAUCCAAUACAUCGGCGUCCCCCACGCCGCCGCCUUGAACGAGGGCUACGUCCGUCCCAUCGAGGGCAUCGCCGCUCUGUACAAGAGCGCUGGCAAAGAGCUCUGCGGUGACGUUCUCUUGGAAACGACUCCCGAGUCUGUUCAGCGCUCCAAGAAUGGCGUUGAAGUCAUCGCGCGCAGUGCUGAUGGGAGGAAGACGCUUCUGAAGGGCAAGCAACUGUUGGUUACCAUUCCGCCACUGCUGGACAACCUCCACGGCUUUCCGCUCAGCAAGCAGGAAUCGCACAUUUUUUCGAAGUGGCAGUAUCAUCAGUACUGGGCUGCGCUUGUCAAUGAUACCGGUCUCCCCAACGAUGUGAACCUCGUAAACGUCGACCCAGAACGCCUGUACGGUGUUCCCGAGGAACCAUUCAUCUGGCGCCUGGAUAAUCAUUGGGCCCCCGGCUACCACAACAUCAAGCUAGUCGGUGGGUCCGAAUUUGGCGAGGAUGAGGCGAAGGCAUACAUGUAUGAGAAGCUCGAGCUUCUCCGUGCGGAGGAAACAUACUGUACCCAGAGGCCUGAGAUCGUCAAAUUCGCGAGCCACACCCCUGUAACCAUGUUUGUUUCAGCGGAGGAAAUCCGUGGCGGGUUCUAUCGGCAACUCUAUGAGCUUCAGGGGUUCAACAGCACGUUUUGGACCGGCGCCACUUGGGCGUCGGAUUACUCGACCUUGCUAUGGGGGUAUACAGAUGAGGUUCUCGAGCAGAUGGCUUCUUCCUCAUCGCUAACCUGA